AUGGAAAAUCAGAACAAUGUCACUGAAUUUGUCUUCUUGGGGAUGUGGAAGAAUAAGCAAAUAGAGCUGCUGUUCUGUUUCUUGUUUCUGCUCUGUUACUCGGCAAUCUUAAUGGGGAACUUCAUCAUCUUACACACGAUCACCUGCAGUCAUCUAAUCAAACAACCAAUGUACUACCUCCUCUGCCAUCUCUCCCUCAUGGACCUCUCCUUCACCACGGCUGUGGUUCCCCGGCUAAUUAGAGACUUAGCUUCAGAAAGAAAAAUCAUUUCUUUUAAUGACUGCAUGACCCAGCUCUUCACCUUCCACUUGCUGGGAAGUGCAGAAAUAUUAAUCUUGGUGUCCAUGGCUUUUGACCGCUAUGUUGCCAUUGUCAAACCCCUGCACUACAUGGUCAUCAUGAACCGGCAGAGGUGCAACACACUCAUUGUUGUGGCCUGGAGUGUGGGUUUUUGGCACUCUACUACUCUACUGCUCAUGGUCCUCAGUUUACCAUUCUGUGGCCCUAAUCAGAUCAAUCACUACAUGUGUGAUGUGAAUCCUCUUUUGAAACUGGUCUGCAAAGAUAUUCACGUCGUUAAUAUCUUAGCUAUAGUCAAUUCAGGGAUUGUGUUGAUUGUAGUUUUUCUGGUCUUAGUGGCUUCUUACAUAAACAUACUGUACCAUCUUAGGACACACUCCUCUGCAGGGAGACGCAAAGCUCUCUCAACCUGUAGCUCUCACAUAAUGGUUGUAGUUUUGUUUUUUGUGCCCUGUAUCUAUACCUAUGCUUCACCUGCUGUUAGUGAGAACAAGGAUAAGGAAAUCUCUGUGUUUUACACUGUGAUUUCCCCCAUGUUAAAUCCUCUCAUUUAUUCCCUGAGAAAUGUGGAGAUGAAGAAUGCCAUGCAGAAGGUAUGGUCUCAUAUGGAACAUUCAAAAUUAAAAUAA